CUCGAAGGAAGUGGUCCCACAAUUUGACAUCUCGUUGAAUAAUGACAGUUUCUGCUUAGUAUGAGCUAUGGCGCAGCAUAAACAGACUGCGCAUGAUUUCAUCCAGUGUGCUUUUAGCCCACAAGUUGCCGUUUUAACAAGCAAUGAUGCCGAGCAACUUUGUCAGAAAAAUAACCUGUCUUUUACUCAGCUUGUUCAGCCUUUCUGCAGGUUGACAACUGAGGCUCAAAUAAAAGACCCCAAUAAUGUUCUGCAUACGCUGCAGCGACUUCGUAUUGGAAUGAUUGACAUGAACUGUCAAGUGUCUACUCCGUUGGUUGCCAAAAAGAUGAUGAACGAUACAGUUACCAAUGAACAGCCACAGAUUCACGAAGGGAGUAGAGGAAAUGUCAUGACCGUUGGGGACUAUGAUCUUCAGCUUAGUUCUGCAACACCAUGGUUUGAGGCAUACCGGGAUGUAUUUCUACAAACAAUACCUCCCUCAGAACAUGAAUUCCUGAAACACUGUCUAGCUUGUAUAUUCGUGGUAUCGUCCAGUCACCCCGAGCCCCUGGCGAUGCUUCACACGCUGUCCAACACCCAACAGCAGCAGCAGUCCCAGUUCCCCAACAAACUGCCCCAGUGGUUCAGCCCUAACAUCCUCAAAUACUAUGUCCUUGUUCACGAUAUGGUGGAGGCAGAGGCAGCAAAGGCUGAAGCUGUUUAUCAGAGCAUGAAAUCCAGUUUUGGCCACCAGAGUUGCCACCUACUGCAGAUCAACUCGCGCUCGGUAACUGCCGUGGAAACCACAGACACUAGCUUCCCCGACCCCUGGGGACAGUUCCUACACAAGACACCGGAUAAUAUGGAGGGUGUGGACUAUGAUGGGUCUGCCAGCAGUGGAGCAGAGGAGGGCUCUUUUCCCAACAAAGUGGAGGAAGGAACUGAGAAACACGCAAUUAAUGAUGGUCUAAAUGGGAUAGGAAACAACUCAACAGUGAUUGACCAUCCCUUGGCCCUUUCUGACAGCUUGCCAAGCCCUGGCUUUGAGGACUAUCCCUCACUGCCCUCCAAGGGCUCCCAUAUGAGUCUAAGCAGCGUGCAGUCAAGCAUGACCAAGUCGGGGUCGUUUCACAGCGAGAAAGGUCGGGUCAUGGGUCAUGGGAUGUGUCUCACAGCUAGCGAUCAGGAUCGUAUUCGGAUAUUCAUCCACGAGUUCAGUGUCCGUGCUCUAAUACCCUGGGCCGAAAGACAGAUGAGAACUUUGAACGAAUUGCUCAUGUCACGAGCGGGCUUCAGGAAGUCUAUUGUGGGCACAGCCAAGAAGUGGUUCGGAGGAAACACAAACAAAACUGGUCAAGUAGCAAACACAGCCACAACUGUUGUCUACUCAAAGGACGCCCCUGAGCUUCAGAUGCGCAGGCUGGCUGACCUGGCGUUCCUCUUUCAGUUGUACGAGUUUGCAUACAACACAUACCACACUGCCAAACGAGACUUCAAUAAUGACCAUGCCUGGCUGCACUUUGCUGGGGCGCUGGAGAUGGCCAGCCUGUCUACAUUCAUGCAGGGACCCCAGAGUCAGAGGGUGUACCCUGACCAUUACAUGGAGUCUGCCAUCACCACCUACUUACAGUCUUGCAAGAAUGAACCAUACGCUGUGAGAGCUACACUGACAAGUACAGAGGCCUUGACAAGUAGAGGGAAGUACAAAGAGGCCGCUAUGCAGUUCAUUAAAAUGAUGAGUGAAGACGUCUUUACGUCUGCUGUAUUCCAGGAGUCAGACUUGCGAGCGGCCUUAUUGUUAGAGCAAGCGGCCCACUGUUUCAUCAAUAUGCGUCCUCCGAUGGUGCGCAAGUACGCCUUCCACAUGAUCCUCUCUGGUCACAGGUUCACCAAGUCAGGACAGAGGAAGCAUGCCUUGCGCUCAUAUAACCAGGCCCUGCAGAUCUAUAAAGGCAAAGGCUGGGACCUGGCUGAGGAUCACAUCAACUUCACGGUUGGUCGUCAGUAUCACAAUCUGAAGCAACUAGAGAACGCUACAGCAGCCUUCAAGCACCUGCUAACAGUGGCCAGUCGACAGCCUGCCCCACAGCAGAACGCUUUCCUACGAGAGUACCUUUUUGUCUAUAGGCAACUGUUGAUGCAGGAGGUAGAGGAGACAGGCCUCCAGUCUAACACGCUGCCAGAGCUCCCCCUACCUGCCCUGGACAGCAACGCUACCAGGGUCCUCACAGGGGCCAGGCCCCUGCAGCCUCAUGAUGACAAGACAUAUGCCACUGGGGUGUGGUUUGAUGACGUGGAGGGGUCCUCUAAAAACUGGGAGAAACUGGAAGAGUUGCUGGUGAUGUCAGCCAAUGGAGGCAGUCUACCACUUGCGUACCGACCCUCAAACGCUCUGUACUCCAACAGCACCGAUAAUAAGUUCAAUCCAGUUGGCUACGUGCGAGAGCCCAUUACAAUAGAAAUCUACCUAGUGAACCCACUAAAAGUGGCAGUGACCUUGACAGAUGUGAAGUUGCUAUGGAGCUUCCUACCAACGAUUGCCAGCCACGAUAAGCCCCAGCUGAUUACCAAUGAGACCAUGCUCUCUGCAAAGAACAAUCUGGCUGAUGAGAUAGUUCAAGGUCAGGUAGUCAAGGAGAUCAUACUGCAGGGAAGUGACCGACUCCCAGUGAAGAUGACCCUGGUGCCCCAUCAGAUGGGUGAGCUACGUAUCUACGGUCUCACCUACAACCUGGGUAGCCAUGCCACAACAUUCAUGGCCCCUUCCCAGGGUCCUGAUAGCCUAGGGGUCGGCGUGGCUGGGUCACAUAAGGCGAGCUAUGUAAGCACAGUGUAUGUACGGGGUAAACAGAAGAUUGAGGUGCAAGGUCCUCGACUGAAUGGCAAGAAGGAGGAAAUGGCAGGCAAGAUGUACGGGCCUGAUAGACGCCUUGACCUCUCUGUGCAUCAGGAGAUGCCCAUUCUACAGGUCUCUUUCACAAACUUUCCAAAGACGUUGCUAUGUGGUGAGGUGCAUCUGGUGACAGUAACAUUCACAAAUACUGGGUCCAUUCCUCUACAGAAGCUCAAACUUGCUUCAACAAACCCCAAAUACUUUGUUCUUGGACGUAGUGAAGACUUGAAACUUCCAGCGAAUGUUUAUAGCAUUUCUAGUAAUUUAAAGGAUAACUCUGCGUUUGUGACUUGUGAUAGAAACUCUGUGAAGCAUGUAUGUGAUAUUGACAUUCCCAAUGGAGUAUUACAUCAAGCCUCCAGUGUGAGUCUGCCCUUAUGGAUACGUGGGAAUGAUAUAGGCGGCGUACAUGAGGUGGACCUCUUGUUCUAUUAUCAAGCUAGUCAGCAAACAACUAAACCCAGGUAUAGGCUAUUGCGACACAGUGUGCAGGUGAACACCGUGGAGUCACUUAGUGUGCGAGCCGUAGCCCAGCGAGCCUGCAAGCAUUCCAGUGAGACAGAGCACAUAAGUGUUACUGACUUUGUCAUCUCCUGUGAAUUGGAGAACCUUAGUCAGAUACAGUUAUCCCGGAGCCACGUACGAGAGGUGUGUGUACGUCAGAUCUCCUGCUCCAGUCAGCGCUGGGGUGUGGAGCCUCUAUCCAGGACAGCACAUACAGAUACAAAGAUUGGAAGUCGGGAGUUGUUGCAGGUCUGCCUGAAGUCUAUGGUGCUGUCGGAGAGCGCACAUAGACCAGACAUGUACACAUUCACAGACUUGCCAUUCCAGAAUACUAGGUUGCUAAGCAGUGCCACCCCAUGUAGAGAAUUCUACCUGAGGUCAAGGGUCAAGUUAAAGUCCUUUGAUCUGGAGACUACAGUGAACCCGCCCUCUGCCCAGCUGGGCCCGCCCAAAGUGGACCCUGAGCUCGCCUUCGAGUCACUCAACUGUGCAAUUAACCUUGAUAUGGCUCUAAUCAUACUCUGGGAGGCCCAAGUUGUGGACAGUGCUGGAGAAGAGAGGACCUGUGUGGGCCAACAUCACGUGAUUGUUGAGAAACCAGAAAGCUUCUUCACCUCAUAUCCAUUCCAAAUUCUUCCCAAGGAGCGACCUCCAAUCAAGUUCACACGUGAGGAGGUCACCUCAGAGGUUAUCAAACCAGCUUUCGAGGUGCUCACUCAGUUGGUCUCUUACACCAUGAAACACAAGACUCGUCAGACUCACUCCUUCCAGCAGACCAGGGUUUGUCUACUGGGUGUCACAUUGAUGCUACAGAACAACUCAGAGGCCGAUGUUACUGUGCUGGUAGAUACAAGUAGGGCACAACAAAGGUUAAGCGAUAUUCAAGAUGCGGCGGGUCAGGCACUGGAGAAUUCCACCACAGGAUUCUCCUGGGUGGGGCAGACCCAACGGCAGGUCACGAUGACCCCGAAACAGGUCCUAGAAUUGAGCCUGUCGGUGUCCUUCAGCCGGCCUGGUGUGUACAACAUCAACAACCUGGCGGUGUUCGUCUCGCACACCAACGACGUGUCCGAGAUGACCCUGCAGAAGCAGACACGACCGAGCGUGGUUUCCGUGUUGGAUAAAGGACAUCAGUGACAAGUCACACAAAAUUCUGCCAUCUUUGGAUUAAAAAGACUUAUCUUACAUUUGCUUAAGAGCCACAUAGGACCUUUUAGUGUGUGAAGACUUUUUUUAUCAUUCAACAUUUUGCCACUUUAGGAUAAAACUACACGUGCUUAAGAACCAGAUGGGCCCUUGUAGUUUUAAUACGGGACUUUUUAUUGAAUGCGUUAGAAAGAGUCAAUAAUUUUUUUAAAAUUGUGCCUCGUUUGGAUAAAGAGAUGUAUCUAAAAUGUGCUUAUAAACCAGAUAGGCCCUUAUAGUUAUGACAUGGGACUUGUUAUUGGUUGCUUCAGACAGAGAACUUAGCACCAGGAUUUGGCCAUCUGCAUUUCUUGUCAGUCAAGGACUUAGUUUACUUGUUAUAGGUUUGAUAUAUAUUUUAGUAAACGUGUCUGCAUUAUCAAAUUGUACUGAACAAAAUUAUUAAAGCAGAAGGUCUAAAGUAAGGGGCUGUGUAUUAUUGCUGUAUCAUUCAAGCUAUCUGGUCAUAGUAAUUGAGCUUGUCAAUUUCAUACUCGGUCUUUAUUUGAAAUUACAAAUUUAACCCAUUUAGGUCAAGCGUCUAGAAAAAAGGCCUUGGCAAACAGCAAA